AUCCAGAUGGGGUGCAGAUGCUGUAAGAUGAUACAAAGCUAUCUCUUUGACCCCAUCCAAGUGCCCUCCCCUGGCUAUGUCAACGAAGUCAACAGUUGCAAGUUAGAAGAAGAUGACAACGUCAAGUUCAAGGGCAGAACAAGCAGCCAAGCCCUGGUGCCCAAAAAUGACCCUCAGAGUGAGAGUUUGAAGCACUUGAGCAACACAACUGCCUCAGACUUGGGAGAGGGCCACGUGGUGGACAAGACCUGGGGAUCCUCCAAUGGUGUGGGGCUCACCCCGACCCUGCAACCUGCAGGGGAUGCAGAAAACCCCCAGGAUGACCGAGGCUCCUGGGCCAGUACCGACAAUGGGUUGCACCCCACUCAACCCUUCCUGGAAGGACAGGAUGUCGAGGGGCAGGAAUGCAUCUCCCCAGCCUGGGAAGCGAGCCCAGGAGACCUGAACGGGGACACGAACACCCCUGAGCUGGAAGAGGAACAGGGCCCGGGAUUGUUGUUCCCUGCCCCAGAUUACCCGGUGCCCUGGAGUUCUGAGGAUAGGCCCUUACAGGGGGGUGUGCACGCCACUUCUUUGGACCCCACUUCUUUGGAACCUGCCUCUUUGGAUCCGCAAACGCACUGGGACUCCUUGGGCGAGGCCUUGGCCACAGAGAGCCUCAAUCUCUACUUAAAGGACUCGGACCCGGCUCCUUCUGAGGUGCCUCCACUGGUGCACUGGAGAAACGGAUGGCAAGAGGCACCCGGGGACUCCCCGAGUGGGCCCGGAGACCCCCCGAGCGGGUCUGGAGUCGACGAGGACGCGGCCGUGGCCGAAGCACUGGCGGCCUUAGAAGCGGCCACUGCAGGAGAAGACGUUGAUGAGGCCGAUUAGGGGCGAAGGGUGGUCCCUCUGCCCAUCCUGUUGGGGUGCCUGGGUGCCCCAGAUACAGAACAUAGCCGGGCUACCUCCUGGUGCUUGGGGAGAGGGCAGGUGGCAUGGGGAACAGCUGGCAUCUGUGCCAGUUGGCGACCCCCUCUUCCCUUGGUGCCAGCACCGAAUGGCAUGGGCAUCCCAGAGCAUCCCUGAGCUCCAGGACCGUGGGGUUCACAACCCUGAAAUGGAGUCAGAGGGGACCUCCUGCAGCCUAUGUGCCAGCCCCUCACCUCCCGCAGGAAAUCUGGGACUGGAGCGCUUUCUAACAGUGCUCUGCUAUCUAGGGCUCAUUCCUAAGUGCUCCUACUCCCUUCUGUCGGAAUAUCAGGCCUUUUUUUCCCUCUUGUGUCUGAGAUCAAAUGCUGUGCCUGUGAUGCCAUCCACUUGAAGUGCCUAAUGCGCCCCCUAAACCACCCUCCCCCAAAGCAUGGCUUAACCUUCAGCAACACACCACCCAGGAAACUAAUAUAAGAUCUAACGGUUUGUUUUGGCUUCAAGCAAAACUGGGCAGUUAUCAGAGGGUCAGAGAAGCUUCCCGUCAACAAAUGGUUAAUCCAAAAGCUGUGAUAUUAAAACACCUCGACCUUA